AUGGGAAGAAGAGCGCUGACAAGUCACGCUGUAAGUAAGAAGCACCGACUUGCUGCAAACGGAGCCAGGACACCUUCUGUAGCUUCGUUUCUUACGCCGCCAGCAAGUGAACCGUCGGGCGCUGUUGUGACCAAAGCUGGGCCAGUGGCGUCAGGUUCUGCGCCGCCUUCAUCUUCAACCACAGCUACGGACAUCCAACCCGAGUGUGCGGCAAAGGAUAUUUUUCAACGUGACACAGAAGUGAUAAAUGCUGAGGUGAUGUGGUGUCUCAAUGCUGUCAUGACGCACACAUCAUUCCGUACUGCCGCGGCAUCGGCUUCUCUGUUCCCGUUGAUGUUCCCAUCAUCAGCUACUGCCAAGAAAGUGCAGCUUGGCAAAGAUAUGGUGGGAUAUACUAUUGUCUAUGGCCUCGCACCUUUCUUUAGAGAGAGCCUCGUGUCGGAAUUGAACCAAGCCUCCUACCUCGUCUUAGCGUUUGACGAAUCGUUAAACAAAGUUGCACAGAAGGAGCAAAUGGACGUGUUGGUUCGCUUUUGGUCGGAUGCAGAGGGAAGCGUGAAAACACGCUACCUGACGUCAUGCUUUCUUGGGCGCACACGAGCUCAAGAUUUUUUGUCCGCAUUUAAAAGUGCCACUGAUGGACUCUCACGUUCGAAAAUUCUUCAGAUAUCAAUGGACGGGCCAAACGUCAACAUGAAGUUUCUCCGUGAGAUCAAGCAAGAACUGUGUGAAUCCAAUGACGGCCGCCACAUUCUCGACGUUGGAAGCUGUGGCCUUCAUGUGGUGAACGGCGCGUUCAAAACCGGACACGCGGCAACAGAUUUGGCAGCUCUGAACCACUUGAGCGAUGUCCUGGUCCAAGCCAGGCCACCAAACAUGGGACGGGGCCACCAUUUUGGUCUUCUCCACGCCUGGGUGACCGGCAUGCAGCAACUGCAGGACCCUGGACCGGAGACUGUGGGAUUACCACCCUGGAACCCGACAGUCGAACGGCAGUGGGCGAGGCUGGAGAAAAAUGUGGCGGGCUCCCUCAGGUACAUAGAUGCCAGCAGUCGUGCCAGCAAAUGUGCACACCCCUGGCUGGAACAGGGACUUGAACUUGGUCAGGAAGCUAGGGACCUCUUCCACCGCAUGCAAGCUGGCUUCCUGGUUCUCAGGCAGACACACGCCCAUUGCAUGAAUGCAGUUUCGGCCAGGUAG